CGACUCUGGCAUACAGCCACACGUGUUGCCAUUACCAAGCAUGGGCGUACUGUGGAAUUUUAAAAUGAGCUAUUAUGAGAGUGAUUUUUUCAUGUCUAGUAUAGAUUUUAGUGAAAACAAUGAGCUCAAAGUAUGUGAAAUCAAUUCAUUCACUGUCAUCUGUUAUAACUGGAUUGCCAGGAAUUCGAUUUUCUAAGACCAGAAGUCCAAGGGACAAAGACAAGGUUUCUAUUGUUGGACGAUUAGCAUCAGCCUCUCUAAGAUCUGUGUGGACGUUUCUAAGGACAGUCGGGGUUCCUCUACAGACAGCGACUCCAUGUUUGUUGCCCGAAGCCCUGGUGAAGCUGGUCAACAGUCAGAUAAACUGGCACAUUGCUGUCGGAGGAGAAGGGAAGGUGGUUGCCAUCCUCCAGGAGCAGUGUGUAGAUAUCAGAUCGCACCGAGAUGGUUAUGAGUCCACAGUGGGGCGGGGCUCCUUCCCUCGUGACCCGUGCCCUCAGUGGCGUUGUGUGGUAUGGAGCCCGGACAACACCAUGCUGGCCUGCUCGCGGAGCUGUGGAGCCGUCGAUGUGUUUGAUAUCAUGGGGUCACAGCUCUUCACCAUCCCUGGCGAGACGAUGGAGAACACCCCCCAUGACCUGAGCUGUGCUGUGGCUGCCCUCAUUUUCACGGAUCAUCAACCCACAGACAACAAAUGGUCAGCAGAGCUACUGGUCAUCAACUACCAUGGUCGUCUGAAGAGCUACUACGUCAGUCGGGACAAGGGAUAUAAGUCUCGCCACAGCUUCGUCUUCAGCGGACAUUAUCCUCUUGGCAUCAGCUCCGUCGUCUAUCUUUCAAAGCACAAGAUGUUGUUGGUUGGCGGGUGUGGCCAGGGUGGAGAGCCGUCGUCAGCGGCAACUGAAGCAAUCAGCGAGGGGAUCACGGCGUGGCGGUUGCUGUCUGACAUGCCACAUUACAAACUGGUCACAGACUACGAUACCGGGAUGACCCAGGCCAACAAGGGAAUGUCAAUACUGAGCAGGCUGCGUCUGCCUCAACUUUCGGCCUGGAAAGGAGGCUUUGUGGAUGGUGUGUACAAGAUGUGCGUCUCGCCGGCGGGGGACACACUGGUCGUGCUGCACUUGUCGGGGAAGCUGUCUGUGUGGAACCUGCCGUCGCUCCGGUACAAGGUCGCCUGGGCACUCGAGGACCAGCCUGGAUAUGAAGAGAUCUGCCCCAAACUUGCUGAAAAUCCUCAAAAGAGAAAAAGAAUUAAAGAUCUGAUACCUCACAAGAAGCUACUUGACGUCAACUUCUGGUCGAAUGAUGCGCUGAUCCUGGCGAGAUGUACUGGUGCCGUGAUGGUGUGUGCGGUGAACACCCUGCAUAACUUCCUGGGCCAGUCCCCCGAGUGGUUUGAGCCGUCCCCCCGGGUCAGCGAGAGUUACCAGGGAGGAUUCCUUGGCAUUGAGUGUGAGCAUCGGUUCCCGAGGAAGAAGUUGAUAGCUGAUGAAGGUGAUGAAGGUGACGACAGUGACGAUGAAGACGCCACCUGGUAUAGCCGGUCAACCCGCGUCACAAAGCAGGUGCUCUACUACCUCACCGACAGCGAGCGGUUUCAGCCUCCCAGGAAGAAGCCCAAGUUGGUUACACGCAUUUACAAAUUGAUCUGUUUAAAGUCUACGACCCCUGAGGAACUGUAUGCUCACAAGAUAGACGGGGAGGAGUAUGGUGAGGCGCUGGCGCUAGCGAGGACAUACGGCCUGGACUGUGACCUGGUGUAUCAGAGGCAGUGGAGGAAGUCCCCCGUGUCCGUCGCCUCCAUACAGGAUUAUCUGAGUAAGAUCAGCAAGAGAUCAUGGGUGUUGCACGAGUGUCUGGAGCGAGUCCCCGACAACAUCGACGCCAUGUGGGAACUCCUGCAGUACGGCCUACGGGGCACCGACCUCCCCGCUCUUAUCACCAUCGGCAAGGGGGAGGAUGGCGGCAGGUUUAUCCUGUGUGACCCUGAGGAGGGCUUGUAUGAGGACAUGAGUUUUGAUGAGUUCAACCCAGAAGAUCAGAGACAGAAGGAGGAGAUGAAGCUGCAGCGGAUGAAGGAACUGCAGGACCAAGUGGACUUCGCGAGCAUGAACCUCGAACAGAAGGAACUGUGCAGGGCCAGACUGAAGCUCCUCCAGUACAUCGACAGACUCAGGACGUAUGAGCACAUCAUGGGAGGUCGGAGUGCAGCAGCUGAACAAUUCAACUCAAAGUUUUUCAAAGAAUUCAGAUCUCAAAAUAUUGUGGAAACUGCUGUUAAUUAUGCACAGAUGUCCAACAGUGAGGCCCUGGAAGCUAUGUUCACCUACCAUGGAGCGUCCACCCUCAAACACAGACUGGCAAUCUUGUCCAACUUCCCUGAGACCACCCCGCCAGUGGAGUACAAGCCCCUGCUGCCUGAGAUGGCGAACUCGGAGGAUGCACAGAAGUGGGAGGAGAUCAGUUGGCGGGGAGAGCCGGACUGGAGCGAGGGGGAACAGUGCAGAGCUGCCAUUGACCCGUCGCCUGUUGACCUGGGAGCAUUCCUGUAUGAAGACAAACCUGAGCUGGAGAAAUACAGGAGUGAUGAGAUAAGUAAGUCUCUGCUGUGUGACUGGUACACCGACCGUGCCUGCGAGAUAGAGCGCCUCUCUCGUCUGGUGGACAAUGCUCUCGACCUCGUCAAACUGGCCAUACAAAACAGGGUCGAGGGGCUGUACGACUUGCUGGACGAUCUCCUUACCAUGGAGAUGUUGGUGUACGAGUGUGGUGUGGACGACAGCCUCACUUUCAGGGAUCUGCAGCAGAUGGCCGACUACGACAAACUGGAGCUGAUCAUGUCUAAGUCUUCAGGAGAGAUGUAUGUUAAGAACCUGCGGCGAUGGAUGGUGCCGUUCCUGAAGCAGUGUGAGCGCCGUGAGGCGGGCGCGUACACCUCUCUCCUGCAUGACUACAUCAUCACCAAGGCCAAGACAGACCUCUCCCUGGUUGUCAAGAUCUUUGAAACAUCCAAGGCAGGGGUGAGCCAGCCUGUUAUUCAGAAGCCCAAGGUCCUCAUGUCUCUGGCCCUGGAAGCUGUCUAUGUUUGUGAGAGAGACGACCAACUGAAGCUCGCCUUUGACAUCACCCAGUGUCUUCCUCAGAAAGAUUCACAGAGAGAUCCCCCUGACAUGAUCAAGCUGCACAAAGAAGUGGACAAACUAGAGAACCAUCUUCAAGCUAUGAAGAUUUUCAACAAGCACACAAUCAAGAAGCCCAUCUACUACAUCCGAGAUACAGAGGGGGAUCCUGAGGAGGCUCGCAGCCUGAUGGUGAAAGUCACUCGUCUGGCUGGCAGGAGGACUCCAGGCCUGACGGAAAUGCAGUGGCGAGACCUCCAUGACGAUGUCUUGUCGCUCCAGAGCAAUGUCUACCGCUGCAUCACGGCCGAUGUUUGCCAUGAGGUGUAUGUGGAGAGCCUGCUGUGCUCCAGUAGCAUGGACACAAUCAAGUUGGCUGGGGAGAUGAUCGAGCGCAGCCUGGAGGACACAAAGCCCACCCGACAACAGCGUCAGAAAAAGGUGGAGUACCCCAGGGCUGUGGAGCUGGUUCUGUCCUCGGCCCAGGAAUACUUCAACUCCUCCGCCCACCUCAUGGACUCCUGCAUGGACCUGGCCAGGUCUUGUCUGAAUCUCAUCCUGGACACCCCAGCCGCCGUGCAGCAGGAGCUGGACCUGAUUGCCUCCCUUGCUCUGCUCGACGACUUCGGUGUGUCGGUUCUUCCACUGCAGGUGCGGCUGAGCACGGACCGACUCGGGCUAGUCCAGGAGGCGGUCAGCAAGAGGCCGGCAGCAUACAAGCAGUCACAGAAGUUGCUGAGACUGGGCCACUUGCUACGGAUUCCUGGAGACACUCGGGCCAAGAGGGAUGGGAAAGUGUGGAAGCUGAUUGGUGAAGCUGCUGUCAAGGCUCGAGACUAUGAGUUUGGCGAGGACUGUUGUAACCAGCUGAUCUCCGUGGGGAGUGCGGAAGCGUGGACGCUGUGUGUCGACCUGGCGGAGCAGGAGGACUUCAGUAACAUCAAGGCCAAAGUAAACCUGCUGUCCUUUGCUAUGACGUUUUGUACUGCGGAUAUGAUCGAACCAAUUCUUCAAGCAAAGUGUCUCCUUGAAACUCAGCUUCUGAUCGAGAAAGUGAGCACAGAUAUGUCUGAAGAGACAGAGGUGGCAGUCUCUGUGACUGGCAGUCCAUUCUCCGCCAAGGCCGCCAUCAAGCAGACUCAGCAUAUCCUGUCAUCCACAUCGAGGACGACGAAGGCCAUGUUGUCGACUGUGACAGACGGUAGCUGGUGGAAGGGGGCGAUACAUACCUUGAAGCAGCCCACACAGAGGCAGACGUUCACAGACUAUGAUGACGGCAACAUCAGCUUCACCAGACAGGGAUGUCACCCAUUCUACGAGAGCAUCAUCGAAGACUGCUACUCCAAUGUGAGUGCCAUCAACUACCAGUCAGGGGAGAUAAUCACGUCCCCUGAAGUCGAGAUGAGUGAGAAGGUGUUGCGAGCGGCCAAGUUGGAGGAGAUGUUGACGGAGGGAGAGAAGUCACAGCCAGCAUCAGAAGUGUUGCUGGAGCUCGCCAAGUCUUUCCUUGCCAGGGACAGCUCAAUGGGCCUGGCAUAUCUCCUAGCACUGAAUAAGGCAUCAGAUGCAGAGAAGUGUUUCGAGGAGUUCCCCAGCACGGAUGUAUCAAUCCAACUGGCCCUGUAUUACUACGCCCUCCAAAUCUACACCACUCUCAAGCCCAGCACUAAACCCUUACCAUUUGCCUUGUACCGACAAGACCCCACCAAGGUCAUCCGUAAGGUAAUCAAUCAUGUGACCAGCAGACCCAACAGUGAUUGGCCAGAGGAGGUGGUUGACCUUAUCCCGAAGCUGGAGAAGUACCGAGAGAUGCUAGAAGAUUACAACCAGGCCAUUACCCUGAAGAAGCUGGGGAGAGGUGUGGACAUUGUCAGGUUUGCAGACGACUCGGAAUACAAACAAGAGACAAUUCUGGGACUUGCCAUGAGUGUGGAUGACGAUGUCUACAAGAUCGCGGUGUCGCUGGCGGAGCGGUAUGAGCUGUCUGUGUGGGAGGUGUACAUGUCGCAUCUGGAGUUCGUCUUCACGGACAGCGGACUCACCACGGAGCAGGUGGAGGAGCGGGUGACCAGGCUGAAGAUUCUACCAGAGCUCACCGAACAGCCCGACAAGUUCUGUGAGCGGAUGUACAAGUAUGUCUUCCCCACCAUCGAUGGGACGGACCACGAGCGUCUGAUGUACUUCUUCCAGCUGCUGGACAAACACGACCCCGGCCAGAUCCAGGGACAGACCCCAGAUGCUCAUGUCAAGCUGCUGAAGAAACUCAAGCCUGUUGCACCUGGCUUAGACUACCACAAGCUGAUGGAUGGCAAGACUGCUCCUCUGGGUGUGCUGCAGCCGGUCCUUGACAGCGGGAACGUAAAUACACUGGCCAAACUUGCGGCUAAAAUACCUGACGGGAGCGGUGGGUUCCUGCACUCCAGUGUGGUGUAUUCUGCCUGGGCUGUCACUCACUUCUGGAAACCGGACCAGGCCGGGAAACAAACUGAUAGACCUUCCGGUUGGAUCCACAGGUAUGAGAGCUGUGGAGACUUUCUUCAGAAACUCCUCCCCCAAGACAUUGUCAACUUCAUCGACAGUAUCGCUUUCAGCAGUAACAGUCGCAGGCUGUUGGAAAUCAGCUGUCGGCAGGAGAUAGUGAAGCGGGCACUGCGGCUCUGUCGCCAGCAAGGAGGUGGGGGUGGGAAGAAGAAGAAGCAAGAGGAUUCCGGGAAGAUGAGCUGGGACGAGGCAGCCAAUCAACUGCAGCAGAGGGUCGCCCAUCUUGAAAAUGUCAACAGUGACACUAUUCGGUCAUUCAGCCAGGCUGACAAGCCAAAGUAUCAGAAGUACGCCGAGAUGUACGACAAGAGUUGCGGCAACGACAAGAUGAUACAUCAGCUUCUGGUUACCAUAGUUACUGAUGGGGAGAUACCAGACCUUGUAGAUGAUGUGAUACAAGUGGCGCCGCGAGGAGCUUGGACAGUCCGGACAGCGGUUCAGGAAUCGGUCAGACUUGUGGCACACAAACUCAGAUGUCCUGACAGUCCUUGUGAGGUGUUGGGAGACCAGGAGGUGUUGACGGUGUUGGAGAAGUUGGUUGUGAAUGUACAGGAGCACGAAGAGGCAGGGGGUGACCUGGUUGUGUCUGAGGAUGUCAUGUCUCUUCUCCGUCCAUUUUGCUCAGACAGUAGUGUGGCUGUCAAACCCCGCCUUGAUGUCCUGCACAUCCUCGAGAAGAGUUUCCACCUGUCCCAGGAGGACACAGCUCUGCUGACCUUCUACAGGACAGAAGCUCUCAUGUCUGCAGCAUGGAAGGAGCAGAAGGUGUCUGAAGCCGACAUCCAGACUGACGACAGCAGACAGAAGUUGUUCUGUCGUCUCCUGGACACAAGCUCAAACAAGGAACAGUUUACGUCUCUGUGUCGUCUGCUCAAGCUGUGGCCACCAUUACCACAAGGAGGGGAUAGUGUCCCUCCGCGGGACAACACGUGGGUGCAGGUGUUUACUGCUAUGGUGAGGUCCCUGGGCCCGGGAGGAGCGACACUCCUCAAUGCCAUCAUUGCAGACGUGUGUGAAGGAAACCCCAUUAAUCUGGAGUGUACCCGUGCAGUGUUUGAUGUGAUGGUGGAACACAAAGAGGCGACAGAGGCAGUCAAGUUCGUUCUCCGCUCCGGUCACAUCACUCUCUUUCCGACUGCUGUGGAAACACUUGCUGGUCAAUUGGAGGCUGUGCGGGAUGAGGAUUUGCUCAACAUCAUCUUGCAGCAUCGGCUAGUCACAUCCAUCGUCAAGACAACACACUACACAGCUCUCAUUGAAUACCUGCUGGAGAAACAGGGCUCAGAUAGUCGGCCUGAUUGGUUGGAUCCAGUGGCUGUAGCCAAUCAGCUGUCAGAGGCCGGGUUUCAAGCCGAGGCAGGCUCCGUGCUACUUCAAGCACGAUCCAGCCACCCCGGGCUACACACCUUCGGCACAGCUCUCAGCGUGAUCGGGAAAUGGUUGAAGAAAUCUUGAUGAUGUCCUUCUUUAGGGUGGUGGAUAUUGUGGUGUGGUUUUAGUAUUUUGACUUCCGUGAUGGCUCCUACCAAGUGUUAUUGCUCUGUUUAUGGGUGUUAAAUAUUUCACCUGACUUUAAUUUGAUAUCUGCUUUGGAAGUGCAAAAUUUUAAAACACACCUGGAAUUGAAUGAGACCUUGUUUGUUUGUUAUGUUUAUCCUGUAUUUGGUUCCUCAGUAAUAAGUACACAAUACAUAAUAGAUCAUUAUUAUAUGUUCAUCAAUACACAGUGCCACUUAGAAAGUAGUCAAAAGUAACAAAUGUUACAUUUGGGAUAACACUUUCUUAGUAAAGUACCGAUUCUAGUACUUUUUUGGGGACUGAGUCUGGUAUUCGAACCCACACUGCCAGCGAGGCACCUAAUCCCCAGCACACAAAGUCAGCGAUCUAACCCACUCAGGUGUGGAAGCUUCAGUGAGUGGGUUAGAUCGUUGACUUUGUUUGCUGGUUAUUAGGUGCCUCUCUCUGGCAGUGUGGGUUCGAAUCCCAGAUGGGACUCGACCCAAAAAAGUGCUAGAAUCUGUACUUUACUAAGAAAGUGUUAUCCCAAAAUUAACAUUUGUUAUAGAUGUUUAUCUCCAGCCGCCUCAGUACCAAGCAUCCCACCUUACAUCAUGUAAUUGUCCCACGUUACCCGACGGUGUGUGUUCCAUUCUUUACUUGAGGAAACACACUAUAUACUACCAAACAGUCCUACUUCAUGGGAAUCACACCCAUCAACAGCUCAUGUAAACACAUGCCUUGAUCAGUUUGUUUUGAAAGAAUAGCACAAUGUGACCUACCAGGAGAAAAGGGACCUUGUGGGUGUAGGACACAAUUGUGCUGUGACGUCAUCAAGACGUUUGACGUCAACUUACUUCCCUGAAAAAUGGCCUUGUGUGUGGAACUGUACAAAAAUAUAUUAUUUUACUCUCAUUAUUUUGUAAUGUAAAGAAGACAUUAUUUCAAAACAUUUCAGCUUACAUGCCUACGUUCAAUUAAUCAGACUGUGAUUAGUUAAUAAACAGUCAUAAGCGUGAUGUCUGAAAAUUUGACUUUGCAGAAAAUGAGUCCAAAUGUUUGAUGCCAUGUAUUUUUAGGGUCCUAAGAUAACGUAGUUUUAAAAUAUAUUAAGGUGUCAAAAUGUGAUUUUUCGCCCACAAGGUCCCUUAUCUCAUGGUUGGUCACAUAUAACAAACAAAAUGCACCCCUUUCUUUUUGAUGAAAAUUUAAUCAUUUGUUGUGUCCUAAUUAAGAUCAAUUGUUUGUAGUACAUAUUCUAUAUUGUGGUUCAAGUGGAAUCAGGUUCAGGUAUUGUUAGAGAGAACAAGUUACAACCAGUAUGUAUUCUCCACAUUACUUAUUUGCUCGUCCGUCACUAGCAAGUUUAAACAUAGAUGCUGGCACUUGAACACCUACAAUGAGUUAUAUUUGGCUGCUUUUGAAAAGUCCUAUCUCAACACAUGGAUACAAGCAUCGUUAUGAUGCCCUCACUAAAAAAUAUACAACUCAAAAGAAAUCAAAGAACACCUGAUUCUAUCAUAUUACUAAAGUUAAUCUAACAUGGCAUGGCUUAUUCCCUAUAGCAACAUGAUAAAAUCGGGUGUUGUUUAACUUCUUUUGAGAGUUAUAAUAUGAGCGAUCAAACAAAACCAUUUGACAUUUUUUUUAACAAACAAGUUCGACUAUGAGAAUCUGUGAUUGCAUUUGGCAGGAAUGUUUAUGAACAGUUGCUUGUGAUGUUAUUUUGGAAUUUUCAAGGUCUUACUCAUGGCCAUAGGUUUAAUUUAUUAAUCGUAAUCCAGACUCUGUAUGAACAAUAAACGGCAAUAUGAUGAUAUGUUUCAGUAGCGAUACUAUUGAGACGACCCUUGUCCUGCAACAUGUUGAAAGUGACUCACAAUGAGAUGGUUUGUUUACAGUUGUCUUGGUCUGUAUGUUGGAGAAACAUAUUCUAUCAUGGCUGUAGAUGAACUGUUGUGUAAGCAAAUUAUUUGGAUUAUGGUAAAUUGUCGGGAGAGAGCUAACCACGCUGAAGCUCUGCUGCUGAAUUGAUGUGUCAAAUAGAUGUAGGAGGCAAGAUUGCAGGUGUACGUGGGUUCAUAGAUGCAGAAUGGUCAAAGGGAAAUGGUAUUUGUUUAAUGUAUUUAUAGUGAGAGUCGGUUACGAUAAUGCAACAUCAAUACUUAUCUUAGUGCUAAGACAACCCUAUGUGUCAUGACGUAUGACCUUAGUGCUGUGGUUGCUUUGUGGAUAGAUUGAUCAGUUUAAUCCACCAAGACAUGUUUAUAUAUCCUUCUCAAAAGUAGUUAGAGGACACCUGAUAUUUUCAUGACUAUAGUUAAUCUGUCAAGCUACGAACAGUAAAAAACUCCACAAUUAGAAGGCUGUGUGGUCCAAUAUCCACCUGCUACAAAUUAUAGUUAUUUGAAAAAAUUGGGUGUUAUGUAACUUCUUUUGAGUAUACUAGAGAGAAGGUGUAUCAUAUGCGGUGCCAAAGUUAUAUGUUUUGUCCAGUCAGUUCAAGGAUAUAUGUAUAUGUAUAUGUAUAUGUGGUUGCUUCGAAUGGUAUGGACUGAGAAUUGUCAAGAUUUGAAGAAGUGUUAUCAGCCAUUAUGAUCAUAAAUCUAUACCUCAUCUUGUUAGGUGUGUUGAAGCUGUGUCUGUAUUUAUUUAUUAUCUUCUCAAUCUCUGUUGCUCAGGUGAUAUUUGUUACAUGUGUUAAACUUGAAGUGUUUUGCUGGCGGCUGUGGCAUUAGUUUCCGCUGUCAUUAAUGGAGCAUCAAGUGUGUGUGUAUGCAUGGGGCAUCAAGUGUGUGUAUGUGAAGGGACACUAAAAGCUUCAUCCGACGUGCAUGAUGCCAACAUUCCCUUCACUUCUACUCUCAUCAAUGUUUACCACCAAAGUCAAUCAUAUCUAGGAAAGACACUGUUCUAAGGACUGCAGUUGAAAUUAUGUGAGAGCUGUCACGUUGCUGUUGUUUUGGCAGAACACCUGGUGUUCCGAAGCCCUCUCUGAGCGCCCCCAUGUGAUUGAGGAGAACAUUGACCUGGAGAACUCUCGCCACAGUUCUUCUUGCACCUCUGCCAGUAGUGCUCUCAAGGGGACAUAACUCUUGCAACCAUGCACAGCCUUUUAACCCAUUUCCUUGUAAAGAGAACCUCAGUUAGCAGGUGGGGUGGAUUCAGGAAGUCAUCAAUCUUUUGAACGGUUAGUUGACAGUAUCAGUUUGAUAUUAUGAAUAGUGUGGUUUAAUAUAUUGUGCGGAAAUGACUGAAUCAUGUACUAUACCACCCCCUUUGUUGGUUGUUGGUGGAGCAUUAGCAUGGUAGGUGGAAAGGCAGUUUGUCGCAGGCACAUAUACCUCAAUAGCUCAUGAUACAUGGUUAUUUGGGAAAUAAGCAGGGUGUAGGUGAAUGUUGUUUUAUGCCACAAUUCGCAAUAGCUCUCUCACAUCAGCUCUCAGGACCUGACACGUCAGACUGUUGGGGUGCAAUGACAGCAAUCCACAAGGUCACAUACAGUAUCUUGAUAUUUGUUGCCUCGUAUUACAAGCAUGGGUAAAGGGGCCUAUUCUGCUGGGAAACGCUAAAGCUAGAUUGCUUUUUAGGCUAGAUAAAUUGAUUUUCGAGAAAGUGACGGCUUUUGAUUUUGUUUGAAACUAUAAAGCGUAACAAACACUUCUACAAUCAUCAUUUUCAUUGGUUAAAACUACAUUGGCAUUUUUAUGUUAAAGAAAAGGAAAGUUAAAAAACUAACAAACUGUUUCAAAAUAAUAAUUUUGAUUGAGUUAUUAAGUUAGUGAAAUAACCUGUGUGAAUAUUAGAUCUUGUUUGGUGCAAUUCAUGUAUACGCCUCUAUGCAAACUGUUUAAGUAGUAGCAGAUUCUGGGUUCACAGUUGAUAUGGACAUUGCACAGACAUCUUUAUAACGAAAAUGAUUAACUAUUUCGUGUGGCAAUUAAAUUUGUGGAUUGUCUGAUAUCAGUGAAUAAUUUGAGAGAUAAAACAAGAAAUGUAACUGUUGAUCUGUUUUGGGUGUUGGAAUGAAUUUAGCAACUAGUGGAUCACAUUAAGAGAAUGUGACUUUAUUCAUAAUGACAGUUGACUCAAGUCGGGGUGCACUAUACCUAAGUGGCAGGUCUCUGUAUGGAAACCAGAGUUCUAGAAAUAAAAUGCUUUAAUAUUU